CGGGGCUGGGAGUAACAAGGUAGCGUGUGUGUCACUUUCUACAGUAGCAGCCACAGAAAAAAACUAUCUUUUAAAACGGAAUACACGUGCUCCACGGAAGACAACACUUUUUACUUAAAAUAGUACGGAUUAUUUAUUUUUUUCAAGUGACAGAUUCCGAAAAGGAUUUUACGGCAUUGAUUCUAAUUUUGUUGCGAAAGCGUGACAGAGAAAAAUUAAAAGCGAGAUCGAGAAGUGAAAAUAGACAUUUCAAUGUUUUUCUUAGUGACAGCGACAUGCAUUGAGCGGAGAGAAAACGAGUCAUGUGUUUCAGUGACUAUCUAACGGAUUUAUCUGUCUUUAACAGGAAUUACAAUCAUAUUGGAUUAAUUAAGAGCGAGAUAUAUCUUAAGUGUGGUAUAUUAACUGUGCGUUAUUGUUGAUAUACCAUGGUAUGGUUUAUAAAGUGUGAGUUAUUGUGAUUGACAAGUGGUAUAUAUAUAAUAAUAUGAGGAUAUAUGAUGUAUGCUAUAGUUUAUAUAUCGCUGGUGGGCUGUCUAAUUGGAUUAACCUUACUAUCAGCCAUUGAAGCGAUAUCAUGGAAGAACAAGCCAACAGACAAGUCCGUCGCAAAAGGCGGCACAGUUACUUUCCAAUGCGAAGUUAACGACCGACAAGGUAAACCUGUGAUAUGGAAUAAAGGAUCAACAUCGUUAUCGUCAAACAGUGCCGUUACUCGGGAGUUCCAAGAUCGCUACAGCAUCAGCGGAGAGUUUAAUCUGGUUAUACAGAACGUCCAGGAAACGGACAAUGAUCUCUUCAUGUGUAAUGUCUUCGAUCUGGGUUCCGCGCCGGCCAAACUUACAGUCUUACUGCCACCAAAUCCUCCAGUCAUCCAACGGAAUGUAACCGGAAACCCGUACAGAGAAAAACAAGUAGUUGCUUUCACGUGUGAAUCAAACGGGGGAAACCCCGACCCUAUGAUACUGUGGUAUAAAAAUGGGAAAGAGAUAGUAGAAGCUACGAAAACUCCUUCCGUCACAAUAGGUGGCGCUUCAUCCAGUCGUAUUAUAGUUACGUUAGAUUCCACAGACCAUCAGGCGAAUUACUCCUGUGUAGUUUAUAACGAAGCCAAUAAAAAUAGUCCAUUAUCAACGUUUAUAUUAUUACAAGUGCAAUACCCCCCUUAUCUGACGUUUGGUCCCUAUAAUCCUUAUAACGUAGAACUUGGUGAUAAUACGAGGUUAGAAUGUCGUGUAGAUUCUAAUCCUCAGGUUAAUACGGUUACCUGGUUAAAAAAUGGACAGCCUUAUUUAAAACAAAAUAAAUUAUUAACAUUUAAUCCGAUUGUCAAGUCAGACAGUGGGAAUUAUACGUGUAGAGCAACAAAUGGUAUCGGACCUUCAAAAGAAGCUACAGCUUAUCUUCAAGCAGUUUAUGCCCCUGAAAUAACGGUACCGGGUAGUAAAACGUAUCGUGAGACCGAGAAGAUUGAAAUAGACUGUGUCAUUGAUAGUUAUCCUCAGCCAUUUCUGGUUCGAUGGGAAAAAAUUGACGUCAACAGGUCGAAAAUAUCUUACGGGCCCAAACUUACGAUUAAUAAUUCUGUUAGAGAGGAUGCUGGGAACUAUACGUGUAAAGCGUGGAGUGAGCUUCGUGUUUCGGGACAGCGAACACAGAAUGUGACGGGUCAAGGAUACACGUACAUUCAUAUUCAAUAUGGCCCUGGAGAAGCUUUUAUUUCACCCGUUAGUGAUGUUGAAGUGGGGAAGCCUUUGGUUAUCAAAUGUUCAGCCAAACCAGAUGGAUAUCCAGCGGCAACUUAUAAAUGGGAGAAAGAUGGAGUAGUUUUACAGCAGACGACCUCCACCUAUAGAAUAACAACAUCACAAUUACAAGAUAACGGACUUUAUAAAUGUACGCCUGUUAAUCUUGUAUCUCAAGGUCGUUCAAAACAGAUCCAAGUCAAUGUUAAUCAAAUUCCAACUUUUAUAUCAAAACCUGCCAUUGAGAUCACCCUUCCCAUAACCCAUCGUCAGAUGCUGUCCAUUACCUGUAAAGCCAAGGGCAGACCACCCCCAGUGAUACACUGGUAUAAAGAUGAUGGAAAACAACCUAUCACAAUCACACAACCUAAUUUUUAUGAAGUAGAAAAUAAAGAUGUUACCUUGGAAACAUACAGUACUGAAGUAACCAACACACUGUAUAUACGAGGUUCUGGUCGAACUGUACAAGAUAAUGAGAAUACAGCCUUACGUAUAGAAGAUAUGGGACAAUAUCACUGUUGGGUUAAUUCUUCCUUUUAUCGGGAACCAAUCAAAGCAACACAAACUUUAAACUUACAAUUUAAGCCAGUUGUUACAACCGAUGAAGUUAGAAUUGCCGUAAAUUUCAGUCUUCCCAUCCAGCUUCCUUGUACAGCACAGGCCUUCCCUGUCCCAAAAUUCCAGUGGUAUCGUAAAGGUGUUGAAAUUGUGGGUGGCCCGGGAAGAUUUUCUAUCGGGACAACACAGAUUGACGGAGUAUCAAAGUAUCGUAGUACCCUGACAAUUAACAACGUUAAAACACAAGAUCUGGGUUAUUAUAACUGUUUCGCUUCAAAUAACCUGGGGAAUGUAUCACAAAACAUCCACCUUUCCACAAAAACUGCACCUGAGUCCCCACUCAACCUUCACUCAACCCAUCAGACGUGGGAGUCAGCCAUCUUGGUAUGGGACGAGGGUUUUGAUGGGGGUUACCCCCAGUAUUUUAUUUUAAAAGUUUCCACUCUGGGAGGAGAAGAGAGGUUGGUGGAGGUCAAUCCACCCUCAGCAACAACUUUUAAUGUUACAAAUUUAAAGCCACAAACAACUUACAGUUUUGUAGUUUUUGGUCAAAAUCAACUUGGUCGAGGUAAUUCAUCUCGACAGCUCAUCGUAAAAACAGCAGAAUUAAGCAUUCCAUCCAUAGGACCAUCCGUCGAAUUUAACGUCCAAUCAGGAGAGAUAACUCUAGAGAAUAAAAUAAAGGAUAAUUAUUGUUUACGUGUGAGUGUGAAACGCAAGAAUAGCGCUGGCAAGUGGGAUAUCGCGUAUCAGUGUUUAUAUUUUACGGACCUCGUUGGAAAUUUACAGGAAUCUAACAUAGAGGCACUCAAUAUUUCCGUCUGUUUGAAAGAUCGUCCAGACGUCUGUGGGGAACCUGUCACCGCCACUUUAAGUGAAGCAGGUGGUGCUACCUUAACGGAACGAGAUGUAUACAUCAUUGCCAGCGUGUGUGGAGUUAUUAUUAUUACCUUAUUAAUUAUACUUAUUAUAUUUAUCUGUCGUAGAAAGAAAAACCAAGCCAAAUAUGAAGACAAUAAAACAGAUACUGAGAGGAGAACUCAGCCCGUUAAUGGCGUACAACAACCGAAAAAACAACAGGUUUAUGAAAAUCAAGGUAUGACAAUGAGUCGCAUUCCUGGUGUAGACUUGGAUGAUCCAGUUCCUCCUUUGGGAAUUUAUAGUCUUUCUUAUCCAGAUGCUAGUAGUUCUAAUCCCACUAAUUAUUCUAAUAGUUACGGACCUUUGGAUUUGAAACAUAACCAUGGAAACGGUUACCUACCCAACGGACAUGCAACAGCCAAUGGUCACGUACCUCACGACACAUCGUAUGAUUCACACGUCGAUAAGAGGAUGUUUGAAAAUGAAAUGAAUCGGAGAAAUGAGAAUGUUGGUCGAGUAGAUUAUAAUAACAGACAGGGAGCAGAUAUACAUUUUCACGGUGUACCCAAAAGUCCAUCCAAGGACCAAUACAUCGACCUUGAAGAAAAGAAGGAAGGUAGCCUACAGAGUAAUCCAGAGAGUGGCUAUUCCACGCCUGACCCCUCCAAACCAAAAAAGGUUAUUUACGAAGUUGUCGUCUGAUGUUUCUCAUGUUUUGUCCUGUGUCGCUUUUCUUCGAAAAACAAAACUUUUUAUAUGUUCGGAAUCUUCAGAUCUGUUGGCGCUGGAACUUUUUUUUGUAAAUUGUUGAAAUUUUUAUUUCGCUAUUGAAGAUAACAUUAGAAUGAGAUGAGCUGUACGUUAAAAAACAAGCGCUUAAAAAGAUAAUUAAGCGUCGACAGUGCUGUUAAAAGAUAGUCAAAGAUACGGAAGUCAGAAGAUCUCGCGUUUUAAAAAAAACAAACUUUCUAUUAAUUAAUAAAAUAUGUGAUAUUUUUGUGUAAACUGCUGUCGCUAAAAAGCAUUAUCAAAAAUAGACACUUUAUCGACGUUUCGUACAAGUUUGAUUUUCUGUGCUUCCUGGCCAAACAAGGUCCCAUCUGUUUGUUAUGUGAAGUCUAAGAGCAUGCAUGAACUUUGAACUAUGACCUCACCUUUGAACUGUGAAGUGACCUUUACGUCAAAUUCUAAAGUGGUUAUAUGUUCACGUUACCGUUCCGUGUCGAGCACCAUGUUUUUACAAUGUACUGUAUUUAGAUAUUGUAUCAUGUGAUGUUUUGUUUCUGGGAAGGAUUUGUGUCAAGUGUUUCUAUUGGAGCAGGCUGUGUUCUGUGCUCUUUUCGUCCAAUCAAAUUGUGUGUUACAUGGUCUCUGUAGAUGGCUGUAGACUUUCAUUCAGUUGAAUCAGACUAUUGGCACAGCACAAGAGAAAUUAUGGGAUGGACACUCUGCAGAAGCAAAUGUACGGUAUUUACACUGUUGUGGCAGCUUAAAACAAUGGAAAAAAUGAGAGAAUAUGCGCAGUGACUCAAAUCAGAAUGAGACGGACAUUUCGCUUUAAGGAUAAAAAAGAUUCGUAAACAAAACAUAUGUGACAAUACCAGUUGUAUUGAGAGUUAUGGGACUUGAUAUUAACUCUUUAACAAAGAGUCAAAAUAGGUUAAAGGUCAAGUAUUUGACCAAUGAUAUUGGGAUAUUCUCCUGAUAGGUUAAAGGUCAUGUAGUUGACCAAUGAUAUUCUCCUGAUAUGUGUAUAAAAAAAAAACUCUAUAUAUUUGUUAAUAUAUUAUAAUUUUUUUAAAACCUUCAAAAGGUACACAAUCGUUCCACAGAAAAACGGAACGGAAGAUAUAAGUUUGAUUUACCGUUAGUUAAUCAUCUACAGCAAGAGUUUUCUUUUCGUACUAUGGUGCUCUUAUUAAUAUGGUUAUAAAUUUGCUAAACAAAAAAACUAACAUUGGUGCAAAAGAAAAGCAAUAAUCCAUUUACCAGAAGGUGAAAAUAUCAAUCCAAAUUGAAAACAUAGCCAAAUUAGAAUAACUCCCAUAUAUAGCCUUAUUAUUUUACUUGCACCGUCCACAACUUACACAAUCAUAAUGAUGGUCAUUUUGCCCAGGCAGUUUUAAGAGAGAGAAUGAAGCAUUUAAAAUUGUUCACCAAUUUCAGCACCAAUUUUCAAAUUCUUGACCCGUUCCUUAUGAUUUCGGUUAAACAAAUAUAAUGUCUCGUGGUUACACCAAAUACUGAUUUUACAAUUUAAAUAUUCUACUAGUAAAUGCAGGAGGACCGCACUACACACAAAACAAAAAUCUACAAGAUAAACCUGCGGACAAGACAGAAUAUAGACAUUGCAAAAUUAUCAAUUCAAGUGAAUGUAUCCGUGGGCGUCCCCUGCGCUGUACAGUCCCGGGCCUGUUAUUUGUGAAUGUUGGUUUAUUAUUCAAUCCAACUGAACUGAUCAAUUCUAAAUUGUAUUUGGUGCAUUUUCAAAAUUCUAAAAUUACCAUCGUUUAUCUGUUAGUUUAUUUUUAAAAAUCAGUUUUUUUCGUUGAAUUAAUAUUAGUAAAAACAAAUAAGAUUCCAGGGGUUUUAGGAAAGCAUCUUUUCCAUUGGCUAAGAGUUAGGAUCUGUUAUAGGAUUGUAGUCGCAAUGAAAAAGUUACGUCCUUGAAAUAUUUCGUAAAUAAAACGCAAUUUGAACAAUGUCUUUCGUACAAAAUGCCUGGGAUGAAUAUGGCUGCGGGAUUACUCUAAAAGAUAUGUAUGCGAAAUGGGACUUUUGGAAUUAUUAAAUUUACUAAUCAAGGGAUUUAUUAAUUAACUAUAUACAAUAUUUAAUUUAAGACUGGUUGUAUUAAAAGACAGAUUUCCAUCCAACCAAAGUAUGUAUUUUAUAUUUAAGGCCUUCAUUAUCAUUUAUUGACAAUAUUAUUGAUAUCUUUCCAUCCAAAUUUGUCCAUUUUAAACAAUUUUAUGCAAUUUAAUAUGAAACUUGUGAAGUAUUUUCUCCAUCCAGAUUUAAUAUUAUGCAAAUUCCAGUUGUUGUGAAACAGGUCUUGCCUUUAAUUUAACGAUUUGGUCAUGUUCCUUCAGGACAGGUAUUCAGAUAUUGCUUCGUAUUUCUAGGGAAAAACAAUACCCACUUGGUUGCUAUCCUCAAAAACUUUCUAUUUUAAAAUUUAAGUUUUUAAAUUUUAAACAAACCAUUUUUAUUUAUUUAGACCCAGCACUUGGUUGUUAUCCACAAAAACUUUUAGUUCAAAUUUUUUAAUUUUUGAAAUUUUAAUCAAAACUUAAGAUCAUGAGACUUGAAUAUCUAUUUAUUUAGACCUUGACGAACUAAAUAUUAAAUUACCUUGGCCUAAUAUUAAAGUUUUAUACAUAACACAGUUUUUUUUUUAUAAUUACAGAUUUCGUUUUUCGUUUAUAGAUGUUCAAUUUUAUUUAAACGGACACUUCCUACUUACACAUGUAAUAUUUUAUUUAAGUAAAUCCAAGUUUAGUUUUCAUAUUAAAAUAUUUAAGACGCAAAACUCCUGUUUAAUUUAAUUUUUUUUUUUUUUUAAAUAAAAAUAUAACUGUUUUAUUAUAUUGUGUAAAUAUAUCAUUAUUAAUACAAAAAGUUCAUAUAAAGUGUAAUUAACAUUUUUUUUUCUUUACAUUGCAUGUGUGUGAUUGAUCUGUUAAUUAAGUCUGUGUGAACUGGUAAAUGAGUCUGUAGAGACUGGUAAAUCAAGUCUAUAUGGACUGGUAAAUCAAGACUAUAUGGACUGGUAAAUGAGUCUGUAUGGGUUGGUAAAUGAGUCUAUAUGGACUGGUAAAUGAGCCUGUAUUGUCUGAUAAACCAAGUCUGUAUGGACUGGUAAAUCAAGACUAUAUGGGUUGGUAAAUGAGCCUGUAUUGCCUGAUCAAUCAAGUCUGUAUGAACUGGUAAAUCAAGUCUGUAUGGACUGGUAAAUCAAGUCUGUAUUGUGAGAAAUGUAUUAAAUGCAUGUUAAAAACAAAUCAGGAAUAAAUGAGAAUUGAUAUUCUUGUUAUGUCAUAUUAUUAAGUUUGACAGAAUCAAACACAUUAAAGAUAUUAUUUUUCAUUAACGUGUGAAUGAAUCAUUGUUUGAAUGGGGGAAAGAGAGUUGUCGUUAAUUUAGAUACUUCAUAAAACUUGGCUUUACUGUCGGAAAUGUCAAUUAAAAUCCAGAUGUAUUUGAAGAAUUUGGUUUUUGAUAAUUCUUGCUUCGUAGCUCAUGUGUAAAUUAUUAUACAGUAGGAAUAAACAAUGGUCACAGUUGUUCUAUUAAGAAACUAAUUCUAUUUUGAACCAGAGACCUCCAAUUAACCAUUGUCUAUAUAAAUAUUCAAAAUUUUUAAACAAUACGAAUUAUACCUUGAGCUAGCUACCUGUUGAAUUAUACCUUGAGCAAGCUACCUGUUGAAUUAUACCUUGAGCAAGCUAUCUGUUGAAUUAUACCUUGAGCAAGCUACCUGUUGAAUUAGUUAAGAGUAGAUGAGAUACAAAAUCAACACAGGUAGAAUUUACAGAAUAUGAGUAUGAAAGAAAAGAGAGAAAGUCAUAUAAAUCUGUAAUUAUGUAUGUAAAAUGUAAAAAUAUAAAAAAAAAACAACAACUAAAUUUCAUACGAGAAAUAAAGAAAAUAUCAUUAUA